AUGACUGAUCAGCCACAAGCACCAGCAGAUGUGGACAUCUUUCAACAGACAAUGGAUAAGAAGUAUAAUUUGUAUGUUUAUUGGCUUAGUUCUCAUCGGGCAUCUAUAUUUGAAAUAGUUUUAGAGAGUACAGUAUUUUAGGUAAUAAUAAACAUAUUGACUCUGUAUGCUCUUUUUGGAGAUGAUAUAAGGGUAGCUGCUUUUCGGUUAAGUGCAGAUAUAGUUUUUGAUGCUUUGAACAUUACAUGUUUGGUAAACACAGUUUUAUUAUGGAGUUUAGAUAAUGUUUUCAACAGAAAUCAUACUGUCAGUCAUAGUUAAAGAGGGGUACUUUCUGUCCUUCUUCUUCUGGCUCGACUCCAUUUCAACAAUCUCCUUAUUGCUUGAUAUCAAUCUUUUCAAUUAGGCUGUUGGAUUGAGUGGAGCAGGAGGCUAAGCUAAAAAUACAGCUGGACUGGCAAGAGCAGGAAGAGCAUCGAGAGUGGGAACCAAAGCAGGUAGAGUAGUUAGACUGGUGAGAUUGAUAAGAUUGGUGAAAAUCUAUAAAUCUGCGAAUAAGGAAGAUGAUGAUAAGGUUUAGAAAUUGAUUGCCCAAAGAAGAUAGAAAAGGAAAGCGAAUACAAUCGAGCCCCAAAUCUAAGACAGGGCUGAUUAAGGCAAUCCAGUAUAAGGUGAGGAGGUUGAAACUAAAGAAUCAAAGGUUUCAAAGAUGUUAUCAGAUUCAACAACUAAAAAGGUUAUCAUCGUUGUUUUAGCUUUACUGUUUCUGAUUCCAUUAUUUUCUGUCGAUUAUUAUGUGUCUCCACCAACUAGCAUGUUGAUGUAAUCUUAAUAAUUUGUAAAACUGGCUGAAUCAGAAGCAUCCACAUAUGAUGAUGUUAAGAGUGCAUACAGUUAAAUUAUCAUCGAUCACAGUGGCAUCGACAAUUACAUAGUGUUAUUUACUAGUCCCUUGAACAAUUAUAAGGAUUUUCCCAUUUAUGAGAAUGAUGACUAUCCAAAUCUGAGAACCGACGAAUAGGAUGUUGGAGCAUAUACUUUGGAUUAUGACACUCUCUUAAAAACAACUAAUCUCCCUGAUGCUGCCAUUGCAGCUUUUGAGUAUUUAAAUAAAUGAUAUUCUUUUAGCAAGGACAACCCUGAUGUAGUGGGUAUCUUGAGUACAAGAUAAGCAGCUGUGAUGACAAGUAUCUUAUCAAUAAUCAGAACUAUCUUUGUGAGUAUAGUCUUGACUUUUGGAGCUAUGAUGUUUUCAAAGGAUUCUAAUGAUUUGGCAUUGAGACCCUUGGAAAGAAUGAUUGAAAAGAUUAAUAAGAUAGCCAAUGAUCCAUAAAUUGUUACAGAAAUGGCUGUGAUACAGAAUGAAAAUUCAAAUGAAACCGUUAAGAUUGAAAACACAAUUGUUAAAAUUGGAACAUUGCUUGCCUUAGGAUUUGGUGAUGCUGGUACUGAAAUUAUAAGAAUAAAUAUGAAAAAGUAAGGAGAUGUAGAUCCCAUGUUACCAGGAAUCAAGAAAGUAGCCAUCUAUGGUUUUUGUGAUAUCAGAAACUUCACUGAUGCAACUGAAGUACUUUAAGAGGAUGUCAUGGUGUUUGUUAAUAAUAUCGGAGACAUCGUACACACGAUGGUCGAUAGAUACAUGGGAGCAGCAAACAAGAAUAUUGGUGAUGCAUUUUUGUUGGUAUGGAAGACUAGACCAGAGACCUACUCCUUUGAAGAAGACAACGUAAUCUGGCACGAUAAAUAGUAAGUCAAUAUUAUAUCGAUAGAUAUAUCUCAACCCUAUCUGAUUGUGCCUUGAUUUCGUUUAUGAAAAUUCAAUGCAAAAUCAAUAGAGAACCAAAGAUUCUAGCUUAUAGAUAGGAUAAAAGAUUGUAAGCAAGAAUGGACAAUUACAAAGUCAAGAUAGGAUUUGGACUCCACAUGGGAUGGGGAAUCGAAGGAGCCAUUGGAUCCAACUACAAAAUCGAUGCUUCAUAUUUAAGUCCUAAUGUUAACAUGGCAUCAAGACUAGAAGCAGCCACUAAACAAUAUGGUGUCCCCAUUUUGAUUUCUGAAUCACUCUAUGAGCAUUUUUCACCUGAAUUCCAAGAGUAUAUCAGACACAUCGACAGAGUUUGCGUCAAAGGAUCCAAUAUUCCUGUCAGUCUUUAUACUAUUGAUAUGAAUGUGGACAAUCUACCUCCUAGUAAUGAUCCAUCGGUGAAAUACAAGGAGUUCACUAAGGAGGAGUUGAAGAUGAUUUUAAGAUAAAAGAAAUUGGAAAUUAAAGAAUAGGUUGAGAAUGGAGAAUUUAAGGUUAUGGAACAUCUGGCUGAAAAUAAAGAUCUCAAAUAUUUAUUGGCUGGAUUUAAAAAAGAUUUUAUGGUAAUUAGUUUGUAUAUGGAGAUUAGGAAGUGUUUGGUAAAGCCUUUUAAGCCUACUUGGAUGGAGAUUGGAAAACUGCUCGUGCCAUGUUCCAAGAGGCUCUCAAACUCAAACCGAAUGAUGGCCCAACUGAAGCUGUCUUGCACAGUAUGGAGGAAACCAAUUAUCAGAAGCCCAGUGAUUGGAAAGGAUAUAGGGAAUUAACAGAGAAAUGA